AUGAACGCUCUCAUCUCUAGCAGACUGACCUUCUCAAAGGCCUCUGCGCGUAUCCUCGCACGUACUUUCGCAUCUUCCGCACCUCGCGCCAAAAUCUCUAAAAUCUUAAACUCUACUGACGAAGCUGUCGCCAAAUCCGGUCUCAAAUCCGGUGAUAUUGUCCUUGCCGGAGGUUUCGGACUUUGCGGUAUCCCAGAUACAAUCAUCGAUUCCAUUCUUAAACAAAAAUCAUCAAUCAAAGACCUCACCAUUGUUUCAAAUAACGCAGGUGUCGACGGUAAAGGUCUGGGGAAACUCCUCAACUCUGGCCAAGUAAGCAAAGCUAUCGUCUCAUACAUUGGAGAAAAUAAAUUCUUUGAAAAACUUUACCUCACAGGCGAAAUCUCUCUUCAACUCACCCCACAGGGUACUAUCGCUGAACGCCUUAAAGCUGCUGCCUCAGGUGUCCCAGCUUUUUAUACCCCAGCUGCCCUUAACACUGUUGUUGAACACGGCCAACUCCCCAUCAGAUACAACCCAGACGGAACUGUCAUGACCUAUUCCGAAGAAAAGGAAACCCGCAUUUUCGAUGGCAAACGUUACCUCCUCGAACACGCCCUUGUCGGUGAUGUCGGUAUCAUCAAAGCAUACAAGGCUGACCGCUUAGGUAACUGUGUUUUCCACUCUACCGCACAUAACUUUAACGGUGUCAUGGCCCGUGCUGCCAAAAUGACCAUUGUUGAAGCUGACCAUAUUGUCGAGGUCGGUGAACUCUCUCCUAAUGAAAUUACAAUCCCUGGUAUCUACGUCAACUACGUGGUCCAGUCCCUUAACCCUCACCAAUUCGAACGUCUUGAGUUUGCCAAGGAAUCUACCGAAGUGGAACACCAUGACGUUAAAGACAUGUCAAAGAAGGAGAAAAUUGCACGCCGUGCUGCUCUUGAAUUUAAGGAAGGCAUGUAUGUCAAUCUGGGUAUUGGUGUGCCAAUCAUGGCUGCUUCUUAUGCUGACCCUAAUAUCGAUAUGCAACUGCAAUCUGAAAACGGUGUUCUUGGACUUGGUGGUCUGCCCAGACCUGGCGAGGAAGAUCCCGAUACUAUUUCCGCAGGUAAGGCUGCUGCUACUCUGACAAAGGGUGCUUCUGUUUUCGGUUCAGAGGAAUCUUUCGCCAUGAUCCGUGCUGGUAAAAUGGAUAUGGCUAUGCUUGGUGCUAUGGAAGUUUCCAAGGAUGGUGAUCUUGCCAACUGGUUCAUCCCUGGUAAAGUUAAAGGUAUGGGAGGUGCCAUGGAUCUUGUUGCAAACCCUGAAAAAACUCGUGUUGUUGUCUGCACUGACCACGUCGAUAAGUUUGGCCGUCCUAAGAUUGUGGAAGAAUGCUCUCUGCCAAUCACUGGCGCUAAAGUUGUCUCUAGAAUUAUCUCAGAUAUGGCUGUCUUUGAUGUUGAUCACAAUUCCGGUCUUCUUCUGAGGGAAGUUGCCCCUGGUCUUACUGUGGAUGAUAUCAAGGCUGCUACUGGUACUUCUUUCCAAGUGGCCUCUGAUCUCAAGACCAUUGAAUACGCUCCUUAG